AUGCCGACAGUGUCGGAUCUUUCUGAGGAUUUGGUAGGGGAGAUAUUUGCUACUGUUCCUUUUACAUCGCUCAAGGCAGUAUCUACUUGCAAAAAUUGGAAUGCUUUAUACGGAAACCAGGUUUUUGGUAAAGGAUCAACAACAAGGAAACAAUUUCUAGGGUUUACGUUGAUUGAUUAUAGAGUUUAUUCAAUGAAAUUUGAUCUCCAAGGAAUUCUCAACGAUCACGAGAUUGGUGGUCCAUCUAUAAAGCAAGUAAGUGUACUUGGCCAAGUUGAAAUAUAUAAACUCUUUCACUGCAACGGUUUAGUGUUAUGCGUUACCAAAGACCACCCGGGGCUCUUGGUAUGGAAUCCCUACUUGGGGAAAACCAGGUGGAUCCGACCUUUGAACGGUUUAAGCAUAUAUGGCAAGUAUGCUUUCGGAUACAGCAACAUAAACGGCUACCCCAAAAUCUUGAGGAUUUAUGUCAGAAAAGACGGCUUUUACUGGUCGGAAAUCUAUGAUUGUAACUCUAAAUCAUGGAGGGUUCUUGGUGUCACUCCCGAGUGGCAUAUAAAGCAUCAUCAAAGCAGCAUGUCCCUAAAUGGAAACACUUACUUUCUUGCUCACGAGUACAGAAGAAAGGAUUCGGAGAUAAAAACGAACCAUGUGUGGUCUUUACUGAGUUUUGAUUUUACAGCAGAGAGAUUUGGACCGCUUCUUCCUCUUCCUUUUCAAUCCUACUUUCCUAGUUCAGAAUCUGUGGCUUUAUCUUGUGUUAGAGAUGAGCAGCUCGCUUUGUUAUAUCUACGCAAAAAUGGGAUGAUUAUGGAGAUUUGGACUACGACUAAGAUUGAUCCCAAUUCAGUAUCUUGGAGCAUGUUCUUGAAAGUGGAUACUAAACCCCUCCCUCCUUUUCCGGGUCUCAUUAUGGAUGGGACUUUCUUUAUUGACGAGGCCCAUAAGAAGGUCGUUGUUUCCAGUUUCCGCGAAUAUAGACUGACAAAGAGCUAG